UUCAUUGCCACCGUUCACGGUUUGGGCAGCCCCGGCCCUCGUCAUCGCCGUCCAUCCGCCGCCACCGCCGACGCCCUCGCAGGGAAGGCUUCGUCGUCUCCGUCGUCGAAGCCACAAGACGCGACUCGUCGCGCCCGUUUCUCUUCGCUGCGUUCCCCGCUAACCGCAACCAUUGACGCCAUGUCGGGAUACUCGAGUGACCGGGAUCGCGGUCGGGAUCGAGGGUUUGGUGCACCUCGAUUUGGAGGAAGUAGAGCAGGACCUUUAUCUGGAAAAAAAUUUGGAAAUCCUGGGGAGAAACUAGUUAAAAAGAAGUGGAAUCUGGAUGAACUGCCCAAAUUUGAGAAGAAUUUUUACCAAGAACACCCUGAUUUGGCCAGGCGCACAGCUCAAGAGGUGGAGACCUACAGAAGAAGCAAGGAGGUCACAGUUAGAGGUCACAAUUGUCCAAAACCAGUUCUCAAUUUCUAUGAAGCAAACUUUCCCGCAAACGUCAUGGACGUGAUUGCAAGGCAGAACUUUACUGAACCCACUGCCAUUCAAGCUCAGGGAUGGCCAGUUGCCCUAAGUGGAUUAGAUAUGGUUGGAGUAGCUCAGACCGGAUCUGGGAAAACAUUAUCUUAUCUGCUGCCUGCCAUCGUCCACAUCAAUCAUCAGCCGUUCCUAGAGAGAGGCGAUGGGCCUAUUUGCUUGGUGCUGGCACCGACUCGGGAACUGGCCCAGCAGGUGCAGCAGGUGGCUGCUGAAUACUGUAGAGCCUGCCGCUUGAAGUCCACUUGCAUCUAUGGUGGUGCUCCCAAAGGACCACAGAUCCGUGACUUGGAGAGAGGUGUGGAGAUCUGUAUUGCAACACCUGGGAGACUGAUUGACUUUUUGGAGUGUGGGAAAACCAAUUUGAGAAGAACCACAUACCUUGUCCUUGAUGAAGCAGAUAGGAUGCUUGAUAUGGGUUUUGAACCCCAGAUAAGGAAAAUUGUGGAUCAAAUCAGACCUGAUAGGCAGACCCUAAUGUGGAGUGCUACAUGGCCAAAGGAAGUUAGACAGCUGGCUGAAGAUUUUCUGAAAGACUAUAUUCAUAUAAACAUCGGUGCACUGGAACUGAGUGCAAACCACAACAUCCUGCAGAUUGUGGACGUGUGUCAUGAUGUAGAAAAGGAUGAAAAACUGAUUCGUCUAAUGGAGGAGAUCAUGAGUGAGAAGGAGAAUAAAACCAUUGUUUUUGUGGAAACCAAAAGACGGUGUGAUGAACUUACCAGAAAAAUGAGGAGAGAUGGGUGGCCUGCCAUGGGUAUCCAUGGUGACAAGAGUCAACAGGAACGUGACUGGGUUCUAAAUGAAUUCAAACAUGGAAAAGCUCCUAUUCUGAUUGCUACAGAUGUGGCCUCCAGAGGGCUAGAUGUGGAAGAUGUGAAAUUUGUCAUCAAUUAUGACUACCCUAACUCCUCAGAGGAUUAUAUUCAUCGAAUUGGAAGAACUGCUCGCAGUACCAAAACAGGCACAGCAUACACUUUCUUUACACCCAAUAACAUAAAGCAAGUGAGCGACCUUAUCUCUGUGCUUCGGGAGGCUAAUCAAGCCAUUAACCCCAAGUUGCUUCAGCUGGUCGAAGACAGAGGUGCAGGUCGUUCCAGGGGUAGAGGAGGCAUGAAGGAUGACCGCCGGGACAGAUACUCUGCGGGCAAGAGGGGCGGCUUUAAUACCUUUAGAGACAGGGAGAAUUAUGACAGAGGUUAUUCUAGUCUGCUGAAGAGAGAUUUUGGGGCAAAAACUCAAAAUGGUGUUUACAGUGCUGCUAGUUAUGCCAAUGGUAGCUUUGGAAGUAAUUUUGUGUCUGCUGGCAUACAGACCAGCUUUAGGACUGGUAACCCAACAGGGACUUACCAGAAUGGGUAUGAUAGCACUCAGCAGUACGGAAGUAAUGUCGCCAGUAUGCACAAUGGCAUGAACCAACAGGCGUAUGCGUACCCCGCUACUGCAGCUGCUGCACCUAUGAUUGGCUAUCCAAUGCCAACAGGAUAUUCGCAAUAAGACUUUAGAAGUAUAUGUAAAUGUCUGUUUUUCAUAAUUGCUCUUUAUAUUGUGUGUUAUCAGACAAGAUAGUUAUUUAAGAAACCUGGGAAAUGCAGAAAUGACUGCAGUGCAGCAGUGACUAUGGUGCACUUUUUCGCUAUUUAAGUUGGAUAUUUCUCUACAUUCCUGAAACAAUUUUUAGGUUUUUUUUGUACUAGAAAAUGCAGGCAGUGUUUUCACAAAAGUAAACUGUACAGUGAUUUGAAAUACAAUAAAUGAAGGCAAUGCAUGGCCUUCCAAUAAAAAAAAAUAUUUGAAGACUGAAUUGAAAAUUGUACUUUGUUUUACUUAGUGUCAUGUAAACUUUUUUCAAGUAACUGAUUCUCAGUUUGGGAGGCUGGGGGAGUAAGGACCUUCACUGCAGUGAUUGGUCAUGUUGGAAGAAUUAAAAAGACUGAUCUAGGUAAAUUUAUGGAUAAGUUGAAUAAAAGCUUUUGGUGACACCCAGCAUCAAGGGUGUCAUUUAAUAGCCUAUUUUCCUUGUUAGAAUGUUAAUGAAAUAGUAGAUUUAGAGUAGCCAGUUAUAUAGUUAAGAACAUGUAUGACUGUUCUUUUAAAAAAAAACUUAGAUUUUAAACACUUGAAGUAACUUGAUUUUUAAAAGAUAUUUCUCUUGGCUAUAUUCUAAACUAAAAUGUUGAACAAAUCUAGAAAGCCCUUCAGCUAGGCCAGGAGCUGCAUUUGAGUCGUGACAGUAUUUGUGCCAAGUUUUUGGUGCAAGUUACUUGUAGAAUCUAGUCUUCCCAGAUUCCUGGAGCUCCUAACUCAAGUCACACUGGAAAUCAUGAAUGUCUUUCCAAUAAUUCAGGGAAUUCUAAAGGUCUUUACAUACUCAAGCUGAGAAAAACCUCCUCAGAACUAAUGGUUAGCCAGGAGAUGACAUAACCAAAAAGCACAGUCUAUGCUAUUUUCAAUGUAGUCCCCCCUGGAAGCUUGGGGGGAAGAGCACUUAGCCACAGCUUUGGCUCAGUCGUGCUGGUAGUAGGUCAGGCUGUCUGGCCAGGAUCUGCUGUACUGGUUUUUUGGGGUUUUUAUUUUGUUUUGCCAUAAGUGUACAGCAGAGGAGACUGGGUGGGGCUGGGACAUUGGGAGUCAUUAUAAGGACUAACAGUUGAAGCGAUUCAGCCACUUUCAAAAUCUCGAUUGGUUUUCCACGGCAUGGUCCUUCAAGUUCCUGCUCUCCACCUUAGAAACUUUAAAGAUGGGUUGAAGCAUUUGAUUAUUUGACUGUUUAAUGUCUUCAUGUGGGCCUUUUCAUUUGUAAACACCUAUGGAGAUGAUUGUGCGACGCGGGGCGGGAAGUUGGCUUAUGUUUGCAGUUUUAAAGGACAGUCCACUUUUUAGCAUGUAUGUUGUGCCCAGCCUGUGGUUGUCGAUUAACUAAUAAAUGUGACCUUUUUUUUC